AUGCUAAAGCAAAAAGCUCGUUCACUCGUUCAGUUUUGCCAGCGCACUAGUAUUGGUGGUAGCCUGUGUUGUGGUCGUUUUCAUUCUACAAGUUACGCACGACUGUAUUAUCUAUCGUCAUUUUCCCUCCAAAUUUUGUAAAGUCAAUUAACAUCUAAAAAACGCGCCAAAAAUAUUUAGUGUCUGGAGAAAAUCCCGUGCCAGCAGGUACUAAUAGAGUUUUAUUCAUUACUAAGGAGGAAUAAAUUCAGUAGUCAGUCAAGAUACGGCGCUUGGUGUAAACGAGAAAAACGCAUAAUUCCAAGAAUUCUUUCCCUGGAAUGGGUUCAGCGCGACAUUCGGACAAAAAAUGGACAGAUUUUCUGACAUGUCGCCAAAUACUCAACAUAAUGGUCAUUUUGGGCUUUAUGUUCAAUUACAUGUUAAGGGUGAACCUGACUAUUGCCAUUGUGGACAUGGUAGAAACCAAUACGACCAAUAUCACCAAUACAAAUUCUUCAAAAGGCCGAAUAGAUGAUACCAAAUUCAACUGGGAUACUGAACAGAAGAACGCUGUCUUAGGUAGUUUCUUCUGGGGUUACGUAUUGACUGAGCUCCCUGGUGGCAGAAUGGCCGAAAUCGUAGGAGCUAGAAAAAUUUUCGGAGGAGGUAUGUUGAUGGCCUCCAUUUUGACAGUGCUAACACCGGCAGCCUGUUAUUUGAACUACUACGUCAUUCUUAUACUGAGGGCAGUAUUGGGCUUCUUUUUGGGAGCUACUUGGCCCGCCAUCCCUCCCAUGGCAGCUAGUUGGAUUCCACCCAUGGAAAGGUCCAAAUUUAUCGCUAACAUGAUGGCUUCCAGUUUGGGAGCAGCAUUAACCAUGCCAGUUUGCGGGUAUCUUAUCAGUACCGUUGGUUGGGCAAGCGUGUUCUACGUCACAGGUGUCGUAGGCAUAGUUUGGUCGGUACUCUGGUUCGUUCUGAUAUACGAUUCUCCGGCUCAACAUCCACGAAUCACCAAGGAGGAACGACUCGAAAUUGAAACUAAAAUUGCUGACGGACAAGGUGGCAAGUCCAAGAAACCCAGCAGUGUCCCAUGGAAACAGAUUUUCAUGAGCAUGCCAGUGUGGGCCAUCGUUGUCACUCACGGGUGUUCAGUAUUCGGUUAUUUCACCGUUGUGAAUCAACUUCCUACAUAUAUGAAGGAUGUUCUGCAUUUCAACAUUAAAGAAAACGGAUUAUUGAGUAGCUUGCCGUAUCUAGGAAAGUACAUCAUGGCUGUCAUCUCGUCGUACUUGGCGGACAAACUCCGUCAAUCCGGAAAGCUCUCGACUACAGCCACCAGGAAGUUCUUUACCACGUUCGCCGUAUUCGUUCCAGGACUCCUCAUGAUCAUCCAAGUUUUCUGGGGCAUGGACGCCAUCUUAUCCGUCACCGUCUUCACAGUGAGCCUGUUCUUUAACGGCGCAGUAACAGCCGGCUACUUGGCCAACGGUCUGGAUAUUGCUCCAAACUUUUCCGGCACGAUAUUCGGCUUGGCCAACACUUUAUCCAGUUUCGGCGGCUGGUUGUCCACCAAAGUCGUUGCUGUUAUAACCUACAAGGAGAGUUCUUUCGCAACAUGGAAGUACGUUUUCUGGAUUUUGGUAUUUACGUACGUUUUCGGCGCCCUGAUGUAUCUCGUAUUCGGCAGCGGUAAGCUACAGAAAUGGAACUCGGUCGAAACCUCAACCCAAGAAGGAAAAGAAUUGCAACCGUUAAAAAGCAAAGCGGAGAUCGACAAAGAGAAGGAAAUUAACGAUAUAGCUUAGGGAACUAUAAAAUAAGCCAACCAACUUUUUAUUUAUAAUUCACUUCUAAAGCAUAGACUGCUAUGCUUAGAAACUUAUGACCUAUAAAAGUAUUUUGUUUAAAACUACUUAUGCUAAGAGUACCUUAUACAAAGAGGAACAAUAUGUCGAUAUAAGUGCGCCAAAUAUUGCCUGGAUACAAAAAUGCUGGAUAAGCGGUCUAAGUUGUCUAAAGCUUAGAUCAAAAGUUGAUCACAAAAUCCCUAAAAAUUAGUUUUUAUAAUAGGUAACAAAGAUUUCUACAGUAUGUUCCCGGAUUGUUCUUUACAAGAUGAAAAACUUUUUUAUUAUUUACAUUUUGAGAAAAAUGCAUUCUUCAUUAAAAUUUUUGUUUGUUCUAAAAUGGUUAAUCCCGUUUAUACUUUUCAAGUACGUUUUUUUUCUCAAAAUGUCAAUAACAAAACAGUUUUUCCUCUUGUAAAGACAAUCCAGAGACAUACUGUAGAUAAGCCUUUAAUUAAGCGUGUACAACCAACUUCAGUAAAUGUUUACAUGAAUCGAUAUUUAGUCAAUUAUUUUUAUAUACUUGAUAUUCAUUAUUCUUUUGCAUUAAAUAAUUCUACUCUUAAAAAAAACAUAUUUGAUGGUGAAAAACUUUUCAAACCAAACAAAAGCAAAAUUUUCUCAAAACGCCAGUCAAAAA